AUGUAUUCAAAAAAUCCCUAUACACGCUCGGCUUUCAAGCAAAACGAACCAAGUUUUCAACCUUAUCCUCACGAUGAUUAUUACUAUUAACCUCAGCCACCCCCCUAUUACUAAUAGUCCCCCCCUCCCUAUUAUGAGCAACCAUACCCACCUUAUUAUCAAUAGCCGCAACCAUCAUUCUACGAAUAACCAUACCCUCCCUAUCACGAUUAACCUUACCCUCCCUAUCACGAUUAACCAUACCCUCCCUAUCAAACUUCUCUGCCAAGAAAGAGUUUCGCUGAAUCCUCAAGACCCUUUUCCAAUUAUUACGAAGGAGAUGGCAUGAUCACUGACAUAGAAUAUUUGGAUUUCCCAGCUGACAAAACAUACAAGCGCACUCCCCUCAAUCAAAGAAGCCAUAACAAAAUAACAAACAUCAAAAAAUAAAGUAUCUAGACAAUUAAAUUCUCUCUAGAUAAGAACCCUGUUACUAUCUUCUUUACUGUCCUAUUAGAACAACUAAAUACUGAAAGAUAAAUAGAGGAACUGAAAAGAAAGUUGGUGAUUGCCCAGGAUUUCAAUCUUCCUUAAUUGUUCCAAAUAAUCGACAAGAAUCAAACUUAAAACAUUACUUUUGAUGAACUCUUUUAAGGUUUCUAAGAAAUAGGCUUAAAAGUCGAUUACAAUCAACUCUUCCUAGUCUACACCAGAUUUUCAGAAUUCAACAGCAUCGAUAGAAUGUCACUCUAGGAAUUUGAACACUUAUUUUUGCCCCUUGGAUAGACUUCCAAAUAACAAAAGAGAUAGAAUACAUUGCUAGGACCUUAAACGAAGUCUAAUUUGAAUGAACUGAUUAAGCUCUAUUAAACAAACGAGCUGAGAUUUGAAAAUGCAAGAUCUUUAUUGUAAAGAGAGAGUAUUGACAUCUAACAGAUAUACUAAAUGAUUGAUGUUAACUAAUCGAGAAACAUAGGAUUGAAUGAGUUUAUGAAUGCCCUCAAUUUAUAUAGCGCAGUCAAAGUUGUGCCUUCAGAAGCAGCAUUACUAUUUAUGAGAUUUGAUAGAUCCAGAAAUGGAACCAUAUCUUUUAUGGAAUUUAAAAGAGAGAUGGAAUUAAAAUUGUCAUGA